UUAAAACAUUUAAACCUAGUUUGAGGUUCUUAUGCUUUAUUUUAAUAGUGGAAAAACCAAUCAAAUACUUAUUUUGAAUAUAUGGUUCUUAACAUUCAAAUUAUUAUAGUUGUCAUUCAUAGACGCAUAGCAGAAGAUAGUGUAUAGUUUUAGCAUCAGAUGUAUGUCAUGUUUCUGGUAGACCUUUUCCAAUUAGAAAUGAUAGAGUAUAUGGUUAUGUUUAUAAACGGCACAAGGGAAUACUUAACUUACUACAUCGUCUUGGUAUGCUAUGUUUUUUUUUCCAAAGAUGACUAACAUUUUCUUUGAAUAUUUUUAUCAAUACGUCUUUCCAAAGCUGUUACACACAUCUGAAAUCUCAGUGUUGUGAAUGGACAUGACAUUUAAGGGGGGAAAAAAAAUCCCGUCAGUGAGUUGUUUUAAAUUUCCUGGCUAAAAUCCAUAUAUGAGUAGUAUAUCUCUGUCAGCUUUGAUUUGUUAGCCCGAUGAAACCACGGACUUGCCCAUUUGAAAUGGGAGCCUGGCCUUGGGUCUGACCAACCUAGCACCAUCAGGUUAAAGGGGGCUGUCUUUGGAGGGCCUUUGUAGAAUUUAGGACCAAGACUUGCUGUCUUAGCAGUGGAGUGUUGCUAAUCCCAGAGGGACUUGCCUGGCUUUUGAAGGGUUUCUCUCUAAAGGCUGCCUCUUAAUUAUCUAGGGCCAAGUUAGGAAUCACAGGGCCCGCCAGCCUAAAAAUAGCCACAGCCUACAAAGAGGGCCCUAAUGGCACAGAGCCACUGCUGCCUUCCCGAUGCCAGAAGUUGAUCACAUAAGGGGGACAGGAGGUUGCCAAGCCCCGAAGGGGUGCUGUCUAAAGAUAGGUGUGGUGAGUGCAGGGAAGAGCAGGCAUUUCUUCUUGGCUUGUGCAAGGGGAGGUAAAAGUCUUAGUGGUUGAUUUAAAAAAUUUCAGAAAUGAAAGUAAAUAUUGAAAUUAGUCUUUUUAUGAGGCUAGGCUUACUGGGAUAUAUUUCUGAAUAAUGCUGAUUUGUAGAUUUGUAAGAAACUUCUGUGUUGAAUGUUAGUCACUGUCAGUUGGAGGAAUGGAAACAGUAACAUGUCUUGUUUCUUUAUACUGUCUUUGAACACAAAGUGAAGCCUUGUUUCAAAACUUGCAGACAGCAAGCCAUUUAAACAAAGACCUACACAUUUUAAGCUGAAAUUUAGGGGAGGAUUAUUUGACAUUCUUACUAAUAACUCUUUGGAUACAAUAUGAUACAAAUUGUAUGUUGAAGUCAUAUGGGCCAAAAGAAACUUGCAUUGGAAAUUGAGACACAAAAUAAUCCUUCCAGAAUGGUAGCUGUUUUCUGAUUGGCUAUAAGAUAUUUGAAACUUUAAUAUUUCUUUUAGAGACUGCUUUUGUUCCAUUUUAGGUGGAAUCAGAACUUUAGAAGUUAGGCAAGUAAAUAAUGAGUGGUCAAGAACCAGGAGACUCAUCCCUUGAAGCCUUCAGGGUAGUUGUGGAGAUGUGAUUAGAUAAGAGGAGAGAAUUCUGUUUGAACACCUACUGAUUUAGGGAUAAAGUGUCCUUGAUUUUCAGAGAUUCUUCCACAGCCCCUCAGGAUUGACUGUGAAUUGUAAGCAUGUCACCUGUGUCAUCUGAUUGUGGUGGCAGUAAGCACUCCUUUGCCUUUGAUGAUGCUUCACCUCACCUUUUGCAUAAAGGAACAACAAAUCAUUGAAUCUUCAGAGCAUCCUAGACUAAAAAACUUUGAACUGUCCUGAAAAACCUAGAAGACAGAUCAUUUUUCCUACCCUCUCAUUUGAAAGGAAUUGAAGAAAUAAAAUGGCAGAGGUUUAAGGUAACUCUUCAGGAUGAAUGAUGAUAAUUUAGAUGAUAAAACAGAAGAUGAAUUGCAAACCUUCUUUACCAGUGGUAAAGAUGGAAAUACACAUGGAUACAACCCAAAAUCACCACCUACACAAAACUCUUCAGUCAGCAGUGUGAAUUGGAAUUCUGCCCCCCCAGAUGACAUGGUGGUUGAUUAUGAAACUGACCCAUCUGUGGUCACUGGUGAAAAUAUUUCUUUAAACCCUCAGUGUAUUGAAGUAUUUGAUCAUGAAAAGUCUUCUAGUGACUUCAUUAGUAAGCAGGUGUUAGAUAGACAUAAAGAUUCUAUUUGUCAGUCUCCUGCGCUUGCAGGUACAGAGAAGCCUGAAUAUGUGCAACAUAAUUGUCAAUGCUUACAAGAAGUUCAGGGCCAGAGUGUUGAGCCAGCUUUGCCUUUUGUGUGGAAGCCUAAUGAUGAUUUGAAAUGUACAGGCUACUCUGCUGCCUUGGAGCUAAACCAGACAUUUGACAUGACAGUGGAUAAAGUUAACUGCACCUUUAUGUCACAUCAUGGCGUCGGAAAGAGUCAGUCUUUCCAUACCACUGGAAGUCUGCCACCAACUGGUAGGAGAAGUGGAAAUAUAUCUUUAUCCUAUUCCUCUUGGACAUCUUCCCAUUCUGAUAAGAUGCAUGCAAGAGAAACUACUUUUGAUAGAGAACGCUUUGAAAGCCCUCAAGCUACACCAUCAGAACCCCAGGACAUGACUUACGCAGCGCUUUCUGAUGUGGUGAUGCAAACUGAGGUUUUUGUUCCAGAUAUUGGAAAUCACUGUCCAUGCUCUUCAGGAAAGGUCUCCAGUGAGUACACAGAUGGCUCACAGCAAAGACUAGUUGGAGAAAAAGAGAUACAAGCUCUAACACCAGUUUCUGAUGGCAUGGAAGUCCCCAGUGGGUCUGCAUUACAAGAGUUCUUUUGUUUAUCCAAACAUGAAUCCAAUAGCGAGUUGCAUUCACAGAGCUCAUACAGGCAAAAGGAAAUGGGCCAAAAUCUAAGAGAGACAGUGUCCCAUUGUCUUAUUGAUGAUGAAUGCCCUUUAGUGGUGCCAGCUUUUGAUAAAAGUGAAGCCCAAGUGCUGAACCCAGAGCAUAAAGUCACUGAGACUGAAGACAAACAGAUGGCCACCAAAGGAAGGGAUUUGGGAACCCAGAAUUGUACCUCAGAACUGAUUCUCGGUAGCCUGUCAGGACAAAUGGUGGGUUCGCCAUUUGAACUGACUUGGAAUGCAAAUAAUAUGGUCAUUAGCACAAACAACACGAUGUGCAUGUCAACACCAGUCCUAGAACCCACAGAAGUAACCUUUUCUGUUUCACCGAUUGAAGCAACAGAGAAAUGUAAGAAAGUGGAAAAGAGUAAUCGAGGGCCUAAAAAUGUGCCAGACUCAAAGGGGGCUCCUGUGAACGUGGGUAAACCUAGUCUAGGAAAACCAACUACCAAAACGAAUACCCCAACAGGCUGCAAAGUUAGAAAAACUGAAAUUAUAAGUUAUCCCAGACCAAACUUCAAGAAUGUCAAAGCAAAAGUUAUGUCUAGACCAGUGUUGCAAUCCAAAGAUGCGGCUUUAUCAAAGGUCACUCCCAGACCUCAGCUGACCAGUGCCUCAUCACCCUCUUCAGUGUCUUCCUCAAGACAGCCAGCAACAGUCUCGAGCAGAACACCAAGAUCUGACUUGAAUGCAGACAAAAAGGCAGAAAUUCUCAUUAACAAGACACAUAAGCAGCAGUUUAAUAAACUCAUUACUAGCCAGGCUGUGCGUGUUACAACUCAUUCUAAAAAUGCUUCACACAAGUUUCCAAGAACAACAUUUGCCGUGAAAUCGAAUCAGGAAGAUGUUGACAAAGCCAGUUCAUCCAACUCAGCAUGCGAGGCCGGGUCUGUAGCUGCGUUGUUUCAGAAGAUCAAAGGCAUACUCCCUGUCAAAAUGGAAAGUGCAGAAUGUUUGGAAAUGGCAUAUGUUCCCAACAUUGAUAGGAUUAGCCCUGAAAAGAAGGGUGAAAAAGAAAAUGGAACAUCUAUGGAAAAACAAGAGCUGAAACAAGAGAUUAUGAAUGACACUUUUGAAUAUGGUUCUGUGUUUUUGGGCUCUGCUUCAAAACCGACAACCACCUCAGGUAGGAAUAUAUCCAAGCCUGACUCCUGCAGUGUGAGAAAAAUAGCUGCUCCAAAAGGCAAAGUGGGGCCCCCGGUAUCCUGUUUGAGGCGGAACAGCGACAGUAGAAAUCUCAGUGCUGAUCGAGCCUUAUCUCCUCAGAGGAUCAGGCGUGUGUCCAGUUCUGGAAAACCUACAUCCUUGAAAACAGCACAGUCGUCAUGGGUGAAUUUGCCUAGACUACUUCCUAAAUCUAAAGCAUCUUUGAAAAGUUCUGCGCUGCGGAGGACAGGAAGCACCCCCUCAAUAGCCAGCACCCACAGUGAGCUGAGCACUUACAGCAACAAUUCGAGUAAUGCUGCUGUCAUCAAAUAUGAGGAGAAACCUCCAAAACCAGCAUUUCAAAAUGGUUCCUCAGGAUCCUUUUAUUUGAAGCCUUUGAUAUCCAGGGCUCAUGUUCACUUGCUGAAAACUCCUCCAAAAGGUCCUUCGAGAAAAAAUUUCUUAACAGCUCUUAAUGCAGUUGAAAAGGGCAGGCAAAAGAAUCCCCGAAGUUUAUGCAUCCAGACACAGACGGCUCCCGAUGUGCUAUCCUCUGAGAAAACACUUGAAUUGGCGCAAUAUAAAACAAAAUGUGAAAACCAAAGUGGAUUUAUCCUGCACCUCAAGCAGCUUCUCGCCUGUGGUAAUACCAAGUUUGAGGCACUGACAGUUGUGAUUCAGCAUCUACUGUCUGAGCGGGAGGAAGCGCUGAAACAACACAAAACCCUAUCUCAAGAACUUGUUAACCUCCGGGGAGAGCUAGUCACUGCUUCAACCACCUGUGAGAAAUUAGAAAAAGCCAGGAAUGAGUUACAAAUAGCGUAUGAAGCAUUUGUCCAGCAGCACCAGGCUGAGAAAACAGAACGAGAGAAUCGGCUUAAGGAAUUUUACACCAGGGAGUAUGAAAAGCUUCGGGACACCUACAUUGAAGAAGCAGAGAAGUACAAAAUACAAUUGCAAGAGCAGUUUGACAACUUAAAUGCUGCCCAUGAAACCUCUAAGUUGGAAAUUGAAGCUAGCCACUCGGAGAAAGUUGAAUUGCUGAAGAAGGCUUAUGAAGCCUCCCUUUCAGAAAUUAAGAAAGGCCAUGAAAUAGAAAAGAAAUCACUUGAAGAUUUACUUUCUGAGAAGCAGGAAUCGCUAGAGAAGCAAAUCAGUGAUCUGAAGAGUGAAAAUGAUGCUUUAAAUGAAAAACUGAAAUCAGAAGAACAAAAAAGAAUAGCAAGAGAGAAAGCAAAUUUGAAGAACCCUCAUAUCAUGUAUCUGGAACAAGAGUUAGAAAGCCUGAAAGCUGUGUUAGAGAUCAAGAAUGAGAAACUGCAUCAACAGGACAUCAAGUUAAUGAAAAUGGAGAAACUGGUGGACAACAACACAGCACUGGUUGACAAAUUGAAGCGAUUCCAGCAGGAGAAUGAAGAAUUAAAAGCUCGGAUGGACAAGCACAUGGCCAUUUCUAGGCAACUUUCCACAGAGCAGGCGGUUCUGCAAGAGUCAUUGGAGAAGGAGUCGAAAGUCAACAAGCGACUCUCCAUGGAAAAUGAGGAGCUUCUGUGGAAGCUGCACAAUGGGGACCUGUGUAGCCCCAAGAGAUCCCCCACGUCCUCGGCCAUCCCUUUCCAGUCACCGCGGAAUUCUGGCUCUUUCCCCAGCCCCAGCAUUUCACCCAGAUGACGCCUCCUCAAAGUCAACAGACUCUCUGAAAACAUUUUGAUACAGGUCUGCAGGACUGACCCCAGCGAGGAACAUGGGCACAGAGCUCUAUCAGCACACGUGUGAUCACCGUAGGGUAACUGGAGCCAUCACCGCCGCCGGAAUCAGCAGCUUCUGAGACUGGAACUCUGGAGGAAGACUUUUGCCUCAGUCCAAAAGAUUCCUCCAAACACAGAUUUCGGCACCGACACAUGGACGUUGUUGCACAAAGCACUUAAAGAACGAGAGAAUCUUGUUCAUUGCCUUUUUCACCUAAGCAUAGGGGGAAAACUCUCAGGGGCCUAUUCAGAUGAAGAUUUCUAACCUUUGUUACGUUCUUCACCACAGAGAUGUUUGUGAGUUUUUAGUCUGACUGUGGGGGUGCGGGUGGGGGUGUGUGAAUGAAAUGGAUGUCAGAGUGUCAUGUGUCUGAUGCAGCCUUCUUUGCUGUGUGUUAAAUGUCAAAAUCUGAAUAUAUCUGGAUAUGUACUAAUCAAAUAGUAGUCACUGUAUACAUUUCAGCCAAAGCCAUAGAAGAAAAAGCAAUAGUUGCUUGCAUUAUGAUCAUCUACCGCCAACUCUGCUCAGCCCUGUAAACGUGGUAGGGAGAGAGUAUAACAGGAAAAGCUUCAACUUGUCACUGUCUGUACAUUCUCUAUCUUUUUGGGGUAACUUCUUGGCAGUUUCGGUGUUUAGCCAUGUCAGUUGAAACUAGUUAGAUUUUUCUGUAGAUUUUGUACUUAACCAUGGGAGCCUAACACUGUCCUGUAAUCCAUUUUCUCAGGCUAUGUGUAAAUGUAGAACCGCAAUUUUUCUAUAAAAAAACUGUAUAAAGAAAAAGGGCAGUACCAAUGGUUUUUUCUGCCUUAUUUUUACCUUGCUCUUGUCCUGAGCUGUCCUUGCAGAUUUAACCUGUCUUCUUCUUCUCCCAUUAUUCUCAUUUUCCUUUUACCUUUCUCCACCAUCCAGAGCCACAAGCAAACCUCCUGCCUCCUACCUCCUUUUCUCUGGGACAAGGAUAAAGGAAUACGCUUUUCCAGAGCCAGCUCAUCUUCCAGGUGCUCAAAUCACUUUCCAAAUAAACUGAAGCCUGAUUUGAUACUACAAAUGUUGGGAAAUCUUAGAAUAAAGAACAAGAAAGAGGAAGUCAUUGGCUAGUAGAAUUAAGAAAGGUAGGAUUCAGUGCUUACCGAUGACUAGAAGCGCCUUGAUUAAACUGAUGUCGCAGCAUUUGAUAGAAGAAACAGUCUGAGGAUCAUGCUCAUUUUUCCGGGACCCUCUGAGGAGUCCCUAUGUUUGGGAAGGUAGCAAAAUGGCCAUCUGAUGAGUGGAAAAUGUGGCUUGUCCAACUCUCCUCCAAGUUGCAUUUCCAUUUCUUUCCAAAACUUAUUAGCUCCCCUGAUUUUGAGACUUUGGAAAAGGUGGAAGGAAGAAUUGUGGCUUUAUAUCCCCCUCCCUGCAUGUGUCAACACUGUGAUGUCAGUAUUUACUAAUCUACAUUCAGUGGCUGUACAAAUAACCGCUGUAGUAAGAUAAUUCAGGAUACUAGAGGUGGAUUUUUGAGUCAUUUACAUGUAUACUACAUAGCAAGUUGAUAUUCAUGAUGCAUGUUCUUUUAGUGAUUGUGUGUCUUAAGUCAUUAACUUCCAAUAGUUUAUCAUGUAUGUAAUACCUUCCAUGUUUGCUUCUGAUAAAUGGAAAUGUAGAUUCACUGUCACUUCCUGGGAUAUCUCUGCUCAUGCUUCCAAGUUGUUCUCAAUGACAUUAGCCAAAGUUGGGUUUGCCAUUCCUCCCUUACGCAUGGUAAAUCUUGUGUUGUUCCCUGCUGUCCUCCGUACUAUGUGACUGGGAAAUAAAUCUUACAGCAGUUAAUAAAAAAAGUCUUCGGAGGAUGGGAGAGAACAGGAGAGAAGAUAGGAAACAAAAUAAUAGAGAAUUUUUGAGAGUUUGUUUAAACCAAAUGUUUUAUGUAGGAUGCAACAUGUUGGCACGUCAAAAAUACGGAUGUGUAGACAACUGUAGUUGUGCUCAGUUUGUAGUGAUGGAAAGUGUAUUUUACUUUGAUCAAAUAAAUAAUGCUGGAAUACUCAA